AUGAGCGCUGAUGAUGGCUCGCCAAGGGCAGGCCCUUACAGCGAUGGAAAUUCCUCGACAGACGCCUCCCCCCAGACUCUUCCCGGCCACAACCCCGCGCUCGCAAAAUACAACAAGCUCCAACUCAGACCGGAUACAGUCGUGAAGCCAGGCUUGUUCAUGCUAUACUUUGGAUUCCUUGGAACCGCAAACUGGAAGAGAAAAGUUGCUGGUAUGAUCACAACUCGAGUGGAAAACCACUACGUGUUGACAGCACGAUCUCCUUCUCAAGAAGAACUCGACGCAAUUGUCGAACACGGAUCACGAGGGCUUUAUCACGCACGAGUCGGACUACCUAUAGGCACAUUAAUGGGAGGUGCAUGGACCUACUUUAAUGUACGCUCGUCGCCAGCCUGGCCGCGCAAUCCAACGCCAAUGGCAAUCUUGAAUUCGAUGCGUCAAGCGACUGCUCAGGCCUCUUUAAAGCAAGUUGCUCUUCAGACUACGUUCAGAAUGAUUUUCGCCACCAGCUUUUGUAGCAUUGUAUCCAGCAUUUAUGCGGCCUUCGUCGAAACUAAAAGUACAUUGGCCGACCCGCGCCUGGAGAGAUUCAUCAAAGAAACAGGCAAGCAAAAUCCAGAAGAUAUACGCAAACGCAAGCUACAGGCUGCUUCUGAGCGUCUCCGAAUUACGCGCACUGGUGAGCAAGAUACUGGCACCCAGAUGAAACAGGCGAUUGGCCAGCCCGAAGGGUAUGUCAGCGGUAGUUACGAGCAGGACCCCAACGAUUCAUACACAUCGCCAAACUCCUACUCGGAAUAUGACAAUUCGCAAACACCCCAGUCUGGCAGCAAUUCUAAUCCUGAUCAAUCACGCAAGCCUGUUUCCAACGGCGGUCCAGUCUGGGCACGGGGCAGGGGAACUCAACCUGCGAGCGAACAAAAAUCGGCACUAGAUUUCUUGGAAGAAGAUGACGCAAGUCCCACGGCUCCUGAAUACCGGAACACCAACAUCGACGGUUCAUCAAACGGCAGUGCUUGGGACCGCAUUAGACGCCAAAAUACAGGAGGACGCUCCCAACCUCCUCAGCAACAUGGCGUCUCUCAACCAUCACAAAAUCCUUAUUUGAACUAUUCAGAAUAUUCCCGAAAUGAUUCCCGAAAUGACCAAGAACGGCAUGAAUCCGAAUCACGAAGUGAGAAGGAUCAAGCACAGGCGGACUUUGAUAAGAUGAUUGAUGCGGAGCGAAAUGUUGGCAGCGAACGAUCAUCUUGGAACCGACGCUGGGGAUCUUGA